AUGCCGCUAGUACCGCAGGACGUAAGAGGAGUGAGUACCCGUGCUAUGUCAGAAGCGCAGCGUGUGAGGGAAGAGGGUGCUGCAGCUCAAACCAGCGAUGCAGAAGCCAAGCCUGUGCAGGUGGAUCUUCUGCUACAGCUGCAGCAAAUGAUGGCAGAGCAAGCGCGCCGCCAAGAAGAGCAAGCGCGCCGCCAAGAAGAGCAAGCGCGCCGCCAAGAAGAGCAAGCGCGCUGUCAGGCAGAACAGCUGCGGGAGCUGAAAGAAGAGCAAGCGCGCCGCCAAGAAGAGCAAGCGCGCCGCCAAGAAGAGCAAGCACGCUGUCAGGCAGAACAGCUUCGGGAGCUGAAAGAAGAUCAAGCUCGUCGCCAAGAGGAUCAAGCUCGCCGCCAAGAGGAGCAAGCGCGUCGCUUGGAAGAGAUGCACAGGGAUUUCACGAAGGGACUGCAAAAGGCUGUCGAACGGGUACAAGAAGUGGAGGAAGGGUUAGGCAAGUUGAAACUUCGCGUCAUGGCGAUAGAGGAGAGACUGGAAGAAGAGAUCUCCAAAAUCAAGCAGGAAGUGACAAACCCAAGCCCUUUGAAGAGCCGAAGCCGUCUUGCAGCCGUUUUUGACGCCCCAAAUGCGGCCUUAAGCGCAACGAAAGGGCUCAAGAUUCCCCAUUACGACGGAACAACAUCCUGGACUGCGUUCAAGCUACAGUUUGAGACACUUACGGAGGCCUAUGGUUGGACUCAGAAGGAAGCACAGUCAGCCCUUACCCUGGCCCUCCGUGAUCAAGCGCUCUCAGUGCUGGAAGCUAUCGGCGCAAGUGGGGAUCUCAGCUUUAGUGCCCUCCUCGACGCACUUGAAGCACGUUUUGGAGACAGCCACCUCGAGCACGUGUAUAGAGCGCAAUUAAAAGAGCGUACUCAGCGUGCUAAUGAGAGCCUACAGCAAUGGUCCGUGGAAAUCGAGAAACUUGUACGUCGAGCUUUCCGGUCGACUCCGUCAAUGAUUGAAGGCACGCUUCUCCAAGCGUUCAUUGACGGUAUUCGGGACCCAGAAGUACGAGCUGCUGUUCAUCUGGGCCAUCACAAGAUCAUGAAAGAAGCUCUGGCCCAUGCAUUGGAAGUGGAAGCCGUGCGUAGCAACUCCCGUACCUUACGUCUGCGGGAAAUGACGACAACGGAGCAGGUACCUCCACGCCGUCGGAACUUCAUGUGCUAUGGAUGUGGAGAGCGUGGGCACAUACGGAGCGACUGCCCGAAGAAGAUGAACCGCAAGGACGCGGCGGUCUCAACUUCUGACCAGCAGGGAAACUUAAACCCAGCCAGGGCUGCGGGGUGGGCGCCGGCUGGUAGUGGAACAACCCCAACAAUCUACAUCAAGCAAACCAACGAUGGAAAUACUCUGGUGAUAGACGGUCAAGCCGGCAACGCACUCGUAACACCUUUGGUGUUGCGGGUGUCUAUGGGCGGCGCUGAUAGCUUACCAUCAGAAUGCAACUGCAAUGGACACGCGCGUCGCUGCCGGUUCAACAUGGAGCUGUACAAGCUGUCCGGCAGGGCAUCCGGGGGCGUGUGCCUGAAGUGCCGGCACUACACCGCCGGCAGACACUGCCAUUACUGCCGCGAGGGAUACUACAGGGACCCCACCAAACCAAUCACUCAUAAGAAGGCUUGCAAACCCUGUGACUGCCAUCCCGUCGGAGCGAGUGGCAAGACCUGCAACCAGACCAGCGGACAAUGCCCCUGCAAGGACGGAGUCACCGGCACCACCUGCAACCGCUGCGCCAAAGGAUACCAGCAGUCCCGCAGCCACAUCGCGCCUUGUAUACGUAUCCCUCGCGUGGUGACAGCAGUGCAAGCAAUGGAGGCAGUGGACGGUGACCCGGGCCGCGCAACGGAGCAAUGCGGCCGAUGUCGCGCCGCCGCUCGCACGCUAAAUCUCAACAAGUUCUGCAGCCGAGACUACGUCAUAAUGGGCAAGGUGGUGGGUCGCGAGGCGAGCGCGGCGGGCGACCAGUGGGUUCGGCUGGCGCUGAGCGUGCAGGCAGUCUACAAGCGCGCGCCGCGCAGCCGCCUGCGCCGCGGCGCCACCGCCCUGCACGUGCGCGCCGCGGACCUCGCCUGCAAGUGCCCUAAGAUCAAGAUUAACAAGUCAUACCUAAUCCUAGGAGUGGAAAAAGAGGGCGUGUCAGCCGGCUUUCCAGGGCUGACGGUCGGCGAGAGGACACUACUGCUGGAAUGGCGCGAUGACUGGCACCGACGCAUCCGCCGGCUUCAACGGCGCGCGAUCAACUGCCAUUAG